AUGGGAAACUUGAGCAAUUUAUCCUUUCUUUACCUUCAUUACAAUGAACUUUCAGGAUCUGUUCCUCCCGAAAUAGGAAAGAUGCGCAAUUUAUCCAAUCUUAAUCUUCAACACAACAAACUUUCGGGAUCUAUUCCUCCCGAAAUAGGAAAGAUGGCCAAUUUAUCCUCUCUGGACCUUCAAAACAAUGAACUUUCGGGAUCUAUUCCUCAGGAAAUUGGAAUGAUGGGCAAAUUAGUCACACUACUCCUUUUAAAUAACAACUUUUCUGGUUCUAUACCUCAAGAAGUUGGAAUGAUGAGAUCUCUCACUAACCUUGAUUUGUCAUCUAAUUUUCUCAUUGGUCCAAUUCCCUCUUCCAUUGGAAACUUGAGCGAGUUACAACAACUUUACCUUUAUUUCAACAGUCUUUCUUGUUCCAUACCUGAGGAAUUAGGAUUGCUUAAACAUCUGUGGGUAGUUCAAUCAUCAAGUAAUAAACUCACUGGUCCAAUCCCAGAUUCCAUAGGAAAUUUGGUUAAAUUGUAUGAUCUUACACUUUAUCAAAACAACCCUUCUGGAUCAAUUCCAACCACAAUUGGAAAUUUGACCAAGCUUGCCAUUUUAUCUUUGUUCAUUAAUGAACUAAAAGCAUCAGCAUUGAAGAAUGCUACUCUAUCCUAUUUUAUCGCCUUAGAUAUAGCAUUAGCAUGCUUCAAUGCUAAUGCUCUAAGUGGUUCUAUUCCACUCGAAAUGAAUAAUCUUACCAAUUUCGUAAAAUUGGAACUAAGUUUCAACAAAUUUACCGGGCCAUUGCCUAAGCAGAUAUACCAUGCUAGAGCACUACAACAUUUUGGUACUGUUGAUAACCAUUUUACAGGCCUUGACCCAGAAAGCUUGAAAAAUUGUCAUUGCCUCGUUCGAGUUAGGCUUGAUGGAAACCAACUAAGAGGAAAUAUAGCUGAAGAUUUUAGCAUUCAUCCGAACUUGAUUUAUAUCGAUUUGAGUGGUAAUAAUCUAUAUGGUGAACUUUCAUCGCAGUGGGGGCAAUGCAAUAAUUUGACAAGCCUAAAAAUCUCCAACAAUAAGAUUUCUUGUAGGAUACCACCUGAACUUGGUGAGGCAAAUAUGCUACAUGUCCUUGAUCUCUCUUCAAACCAUCUAAUGGAACAUAUUCCAAAGGAAUUGGGGCGCCUAAAGUUAUUGCUCGAACUUUCAGGAAGCCUGCAGUCUCUUCAAAGGCUUGAUUUUAGUCAUAAUUUGCUGGUAGGAGAUAUACCACGACAGCUUAGAGGCAUGAAACAGUUGGAAAUAAUGAAUCUCUCUCACAAUAAUCUCUCUGGUUCCAUCCCAUCCACAUUUGGUGAUAGUGCAAGCUUGACAUCCAUUGAUAUAUCCUACAAUGAGUUAGAGGGUCCUAUUCCUAACAUCACGGCCUUCCGCAAGGCUCCAAUUGCAACACUGAAAAAUAACAAAGGCUUGUGUGGUAAUGUUAUUGGAGUUUCACUUCUUCUUUGCCAAAGAGUGAAGAAAACCAAAGACAAGCCAAGAGAAGUGCGUAACGAUAAUCUUUUUGGAAUAUGGAGUUAUGAUGGGAAAAUGGUCUACCAAAACAUUAUUAAAGCCACAGAAGAAUUCGACUCCAAAUAUUGCAUUGGAGUGGGAAGUUUUGGAAGUGUUUACAAAGCUGAGUUGCUAGCAAGCCAAGUUGUUACUAUGAAGAAACUUCACCCACUACCUGAUGGAGGAAGCUUGGUGAAGUUAUUAAACAGUGAGGAGGAAGCAAAAACAUUUGAUUGGAUUAAGAGAGCCAAUGUGGUAAAAGGAGUGGCAAAUGUUUUAUCUUAUAUGCAUCAUGAUUGCUCACCUCCUAUAAUUCAUCGUGAUAUAUCAAGUAAGAAUGUUCUAUUGGAUCUAGAAUAUGAGGCUCACAGCUCUGACUUUGGCACUGCUAGGCUUUUGAAGCCUAAUUCAUCCAAUUGGACGUCACUUGCAAACACCUAUGGAUGCAUGGCUCUAGAGCUUGCCUACACAAUGGAAAUUAAUGAGAAGUGUGAUGUUUUUAGCUUUGGAGUGUUGGCUUUAGAAAUAAUCAUGGGAAAGCAUCCUGGGGAUUUGAUCUUAUCUCUCUCAUCAUCAACAUUUACAACCCGAGAUAUGCUAUUGAAGGAUGUGUUGGACCAAUGCCUUUCACUUCCAAUAAAUCAAGUUGCAAGGGAAGUGCUCUCCAUUGCAAAGAUUGCAAUUGCUAGCUUGCACACUAUUCCCCAAUCUCGCCCAACAAUGCAACAAGUUUCUCAAGUGCUUUCAACUCAAAAACCACAUUUGCCUAAUACAUUAUUCACGAUCACAUUAGGAGAAGUAGUUGAUCUCGGAGGCUCAACUGUCUAA